AUGCGAUGCGCGAGCAAGGCCGCCGAGAGCGCGUCUGCACGUCUCUGUGCGGACGCCGAAGCAGAAACAACAGCAACUGAUGUCCCAUCGGUUGCUGAAGAGACCCAGCCUGUGUCACUUGGUGACGCAGGCGCUGGUCAUGAAGACACUCGUGUCUUCACAGAUUACGAGCUCGGUGUCUCGUACUCUCCUGAUACGGAUGACGGAUCCGUAUCAACGGCGAUCGAAUCCAAGCCGCCUGCCAAGCGUGGCAUGGACGAUGCUUUGCGUCGCAGCAUCUUUGGUUCAUCUGAUGAAUCAGAUGAACCAUCGCCGAAGCGAAGGCGCUCGAGGUCGCGAGACUCGGGCAUUAAUAGUGGUGUCGGUUCUCCUAUAGACACCACUUCACAGCGAGGUGCCAGUACUUCUGUCGGCACGUCGCAGGAAGAGCGGGACCGCAAUGUGUUGCGUCUCGCUCCUGAGAAGAAGGAGCAUGGAUGCCUCCAAAAUCUGUCAUGGAUCACUUGUCGGCGACGACGAGUGAUCGUUAUCGAACACGAUUGUUCGAUUCGUCAAGGAUCCAUCACCUUGACCCCAGCGCGAAAGACUAUCGCGCUGAACACGAAUUCUUCAUCGAUGCUUUCUUCAGACAUCGAUGGUACAGUGGGAAUCACAAACGUGAUGGUCCCUCACUACUUCAGGCGUGGAACGCCUACAUCCAUAACCUCGAGGAUGUAG